CGCUGACGUGUGGCCGCCGGCUCCUUGGCAGCUGUGGCUCUGGACCAGUAGGCAGAGGGAAGCUGCCGCUGACGCGUCCGUUGCAUCUUGGAAGGGACUGUAAUCCACUGUAGUGAGAACAGAGCCUCUCAAUCACGCGGUGUAAAUAAGAGGCGGAGGGGGAGUCCAGGAGAAAAGGAAGAGGAGGGGAAGAGUGUGUGUCGGGGGAGCGGGGAAAAGCAUUUUUGGUGGAUGGUAUGAAGCCAGCCAUGGAAACUGCAGCCGAGGAAAAUACUGAACAAAGCCAAGAGAGAAAAGUGAACAGCAGAGCUGAAAUGGAAAUUGGCAGGUACCACUGGAUGUACCCAGGCUCAAAGAACCACCAGUAUCAUCCCGUGCCAACCCUGGGGGACAGGGCUAGCCCCUUGAGCAGUCCAGGCUGCUUUGAAUGCUGCAUCAAGUGUCUGGGAGGAGUCCCCUACGCCUCUCUGGUGGCCACCAUCCUCUGCUUCUCUGGGGUCGCCUUGUUCUGUGGCUGUGGGCACGUGGCCCUCGCGGGCACCGUGGCGAUUCUCGAGCAACACUUCUCCACCAACACCAGCGACCAUGCCUUGCUGAGCGAGGUAAUACAACUGGUGCAGUAUGUCAUCUACGGGAUCGCGUCCUUCUUCUUCUUGUAUGGGAUCAUUCUGCUGGCAGAAGGCUUCUACACCACCAGCGCCGUGAAGGAGCUGCACGGCGAGUUUAAGACAACCGCCUGCGGCCGGUGCAUCAGUGGGAUGUUCGUUUUCCUCACCUACGUGCUGGGAGUGGCCUGGCUCGGCGUGUUUGGUUUCUCUGCGGUGCCCGUGUUUAUGUUUUACAACAUAUGGUCAACUUGCGAAGUCAUCAGGUCACCCCAGACCAACGGCACGGCCGGCGUGGAGCAGAUCUGCGUGGAUAUCCGGCAAUAUGGUAUCAUCCCUUGGAAUGCUUUCCCAGGAAAAAUCUGUGGCUCUGCCCUGGAGAACAUCUGCAACACCAAUGAGUUCUACGUGUCCUAUCACCUGUUCAUUGUGGCCUGCGCCGGAGCCGGUGCCACCGUCAUCGCCCUGAUCCACUUCCUCAUGAUACUGUCUUCUAACUGGGCUUACUUAAAGGACGCCAGCAAAAUGCAGGCUUGCCAGGAUAUCAAAGCAAAGGAAGAGCAGGAGCUGCAGGAUAUCCAGUCUCGGUCCAAAGAACAACUCAAUUCUUACACAUAAACGUUUGCCAGAGCGUUACCGCCGCCGAAGUGACAGUUCUGACACAUCCACAGACAGCUGCUCUGCCGUCCAGAUGUGUCCCCCCGCCCCCCCUUACCCCCCACCAAACUAAUGUAGAGGUACAAACACUUCACUGUCUGUCUCGAGCUGCUGGGAGGGAUUUGUAGGAACACCUGCCAGGAGGCCAGUCUUUUUCUUUAGCGCAGAUACCGGAGGCUUCACGUUAGCCAUUUUAAAAGGCAACACUUGGACAAAACGAUGGUUCAGCUUUCUGAGAUAGGUGGCCUGUUCCCACUUAGCCGUAGAGCAAGCCUCCCGCGAGAGAGAGGCCACGGGCACGUGGCAUACUGCUGGAGCGGGACCGCCGAUGGGCCGGCACGAAGCAGUGUGACCGUAAAUUCACGUGUGCCCUCUGUCCGCGGGGUUUACCUGGGUAGGGAAUAGAGUACCAUUUCCGACCGCUGACAUUUAUUAAACUUGGGUUCCGAGAUCAUGUGAGUCUUAAUGAUUGAACUCUUUGUUUCAAUUAGCUGCCGUCCCUACCCUUUAAGUCCAGGACCCGUUCCUCUCCCGAUCCAGUCGGAAAUCUUUUUUUCAAGAAUGCUGAUAACUAUAAUUCGGCUACACCUACCCUUGAGGAAGCUGGAUUGUGGCCCAUCGACAAGCUUUCCAAAGCCAAUUCUAUACUAGCUUUCCUCUAAUCCAGUGGCCCAGGUGGCGUCGUCGUUCCUGGGGAAUAAAUGUCAGCUCUGCCUUAAUGAGUAUCUGUUUUCAAUUUCUAAGAACUUCAUUUUACAACAGGAGACCCCCAAAUCCCUCAUCGCCCUUGGUUCCACAAAUGUUUUUCUGAAUUAAGAAGUGUUACCUUAUUAAAAUGACCACCGUUCUAAACCAUUUUUACGUGGUCUCAAUAGCAAGUUUACAGUUUCAUACCAACUAUCUAAAACCGAAUUACAAAUAGACCACAGACCUCCUACUUUUCUAGACUUGAAUACUUCAGUAGUUUAAAUUAGGGUUGGUAUUUAGUUCCUUUUUUUAAAUCUAAAUCAUUCCUGGAAUAAUAAAAGUUUGAUGUUCAGCAAAAAAAAAAAAAAAAAAAAAAAAAAAAAAAAAAAAUCCACCUUGUUUAAGCCAUUUUCAAAAGAAACUUGCCUUCUAAAUCAUUCUGUUCCAGAACAUUAAGUGAUUAGAGGUAUUGGGUAUUAGUGAUGGUAAACUUUGUGUUGCUCUUUAUGAAAUGAUACAUAUAACCGUUGGGUGCAUCCGUGCUUUUAAAAGGGGCUGCAUAAUAUAGGAUUAACUCUGUAUAUUCAUGUUAAGAAUUAACUUGUGGUUUGGCUGUUUCCUGGAUUUUAAAACAUACACGUGUGCAGAAAUGUCUUAAGAUGAAAGGAAGCAUACCUUUGUCAAGAUGCUAUUAAAAUUGAACAUCAAGGAUAAGAUUUCAUUUGGAUUCUUUUUGUUGUUGUUGUUAAUGCCUAAAAAUGCCUAUUUGGAUCUUGACUUUUUUUUUCUUUAAUUGGGAGAAGCUCUCUUCUAUGUAGAACAGUUGUUCCAGAAUAGCUAGUUUUGUUUUCCUGUUGCAUGACAGACUUCAAUAUUUUUUUUUUUUUUUCCCAGCAGUGGAGGUGCUGUUAGAGUCCAGUGUUCUAGAAGAGGCAGUGUCUAAAGCCUAAUUUUACUUUUCUAAUUCUGGUAGCUAUUACCAAGAAUUUUUGAAAGUUUUGUUUAAGUAGUCUAAUAUUUUUUAUGUAAAGAGCAUUAAAUUUUGCUAUGUAUAAAUUUUUGUAACCUAACAGUGAAUCAAUAUUUUCUAUCAGUGCCAAGGGCUUCCUGUAGUUCUAUUCAAGUGUUACAAUAAAUAUUUGUAGAUAAUAGUCAAUACUUGUGUAUGCUUAUUUUAAAUAUCUAUUUAGGUGGAAAUAGUUGUGGAUGUACUAAGAGUAAUGCAAUAAAAGUAUAGCUUCACUCACUUGCCUUUUUACCAUACAUAAAAUACUAUCUUUCUGUGUCUGC